UAGUUCUCAUUUUUUUUUUUUUACCUUCUUUGAUUCGCAUAGCUACUCCCUCUCACUCGCAACUCUUCUUUGCAAACAUAUAUAUAGAAUUUCACAUAAAGCUUGAUAAUUUUAAAGUGGCAUAUGCAAUCUUCACUUGAGUCAUCACUCAUCAACCAACAUAAAAGAAGAGACAUAACACUAAGGAAGCAAGCUCAGGCACAGAGUGAGAAGGGUGGUGACUACUAAAAGAGCUCAUCACCUGAAACUUUGAUUUCUUCUCACAAAACAGGAAGAAGCAUUAGCCAGUAUUUGAACAAGUUGUCCAAUCGGCAUUUACAAACCCAGUGUUGCUGAAAUCAGUGCUAAGUGGAAAAAGAGAUCUGCGACAACAGGGGCUUUCUUGAGUUGCAACUCAUCUUUGCCAUUACUGAUCAAGAGCACUUGGAAACUUUGACUUAUUCCCACAAAACAGGAGCAGUUAUUCACCAAAUUACCAAUAAGUCAGCAAGUCACUGAAUAUAUAACGCCCCAAAAGGUUUUCUGCUUGUGGAGGGAACAUAAGAAGUGAAGUUUGGUUAAUUAGUUGGAGCAAGAUGACGAGUGCUACCACUGAUGCUACUGAUUCAACAUUAUUGGAGAUGGUUAAACACGUGGUGAUUGAUGUUGACAACGUUGAAGAAGAAUUUACUCCAGAUGUGUGCAUGAUCUACACAGUUCCUUCCAAACUUAGGAAGAUGGAUGAAGAAGAAGCUUCUUUCACCCCUCAGUGGAUCUCAAUAGGACCCAUUCACUACGACACAGAAGAGCUGAAGGGAAUGCAAAAGCUAAAGUAUAAGUACUUGCAAGACUUCUCGAAGCGUGUCUCAAACGAGGAAGCCAUGAAGGAAUACAAAAGUUUCCUUGAAAGUGAAGUACAAAAAAUAAGGGAGUGUUAUGCGAAGAAGUUCCCAGAGAUAAGCAAUGAGAAAUUAGUGGAAAUAGUACUGCUAGAUGCUGUGUUCAUCGUGGAGUACUUUCUGAGGGAUUGGGAAUUUGAUCAUCGAAAUAUGUUAACAAACUAUGUUACAAAAGGCAUCCAGAGGGACUUACUGCUUCUUGAGAAUCAGCUUCCAUUGUAUGUGUUGAAGAAACUCUAUAAUUACGUUGCAACUCUCACAGCUGAAGGUUUACCUAAAGAUUUUCAUGAACUUACCCACCAUUAUUUUGCAUCUCUUCAUCUGUAUGCGGAAUAUUUAAAAAGGGACAAUGAGACAGCUCAUCAUUUCGUUGAUUUUGUUAGGAGGUGUUGUCUUCCUGACUGGAGCUUAGAAUUGUUUUUAAAGCAAGACAAUUUGCAAGUGAGCGCAAGCAAGUUGUAUGAGAAUGGGGUAAGUUUUGAGUGCGUUGGUGAUAGAAAACUGAUUGACAUAACAUUUGAGACGAAGAAGCCGUUCAACGGCUAUUUACUCUGUUUGGGUUGCUUGCAACCAUGCUUCAAGAGUUUAAAAGCUCAAUUGAUGUUCCCACAGUUGAAAUUUGAUAACAGAACAGUAUGUGUUCUCAAGAACUUAAUGGCCUUUGAGCAUUACCAUUAUCCGGAUAAACCUUUUAUCACCAACUACGUGUCUCUGUUGGACUCUCUGGUUCACACCAAAGAAGAUGUAGAGUUGUUGGUGGAAAAAGGAUGCAUUUUUCGAGAACACGUGAGUAAUGAGGAAGUGGUAAAUCUGGUGAAGAGCCUUUCCAAACAUGUGGUUUCCACCGGUAAGACGUGCUACUAUAAAGUUAUAAGAAAACUCACACUCCACAACAAGAGUGGCUGGAAAAAGACCAUGGGAACAGUUAGGAGGGUGUACUUCCGUGACACUUGGAGAGGCAGUUCCACCAUUAUCGCCAUUUUUGUUCUCAUCUACACCAUCGUUAGUUUCUAUCGCAAUAUUCAUGAUUUAAUUUCUAAAUAAAACUAAUUGAGCUCCCUUUUAAUUUCUUUUUUCAGAACACAAAUAAAAUGUCUUUGUUCUCUGUUUUAGUUUCGAUAUUGAUUGAUCAUUUCAUUGAGAUGUACAAUAUAUACACAUGGAGUGUAACUAA